AGGUCCGACCUUGAGUCACAUCUUCAUAGUAUAGCUUUUCAACACUGCCUACCCACGGAUUUCCAGUCUCUUGACUGUUGAAUAUAGCUUGGCUGCUCCCUGUCGCUAUGGCUAAUUCCUUAGGAACCGGUGGAUCCAGUUUGAUCUAUUCCUCUCUUUCUUUCUUUCUUUCCCUUCACCAACUUGUUGAGUCUUCCCCCCACGGUGUUCCUACUGUAAAAAAAGUGCGCUGUGUACGGCUCAGUUUGUAUUUGUGCGAGUUCUGGAGAAAUAUCGCAAGUUUGAAUCAAGUUGAGUGUAGAGCUCGUUGGGACUGUGUCGGCGUCGCUUUUAAAGUGGAAAACUCGACGGGACGCGCGCAGAAGAGGCUUUGUCACCUGUAGGACACUAUGCUCUCCUCCUCAAUUUAUCUCUGCUUCUCUGAACCUGCUCAGAUUAAUUAUCACACGUUCCUUUCACUGGACUAUUAUUGAAACAUACUAAUCUAAAAAGGGUUGUUUUUGUGAGAGAUCACUGGACGAAAAAGGUAAUUUUAACUUUUUUGUUUCAUUAAAGGGAGGUGGAGACAACUUACCACCCCCUCCCACCGUCCUUGACUGAAAUUACCAACUCAUUUUGCACAGGGGAGACACUUGAAGCACUCCCAAAGAACUUGAAAUGGAGGCUCCCGAUGGUUACUGUGCUAGUAACGGCCAAUGCUCUCCCGGUAAGGAGAACUCGAGAAUGUUGGCGGAUACAUCAUCACCUAAUGGACAGACUGUUCCUCAGGGUCCUAAUUCCCCCAGUGAACUGACAAUUAAGCAAGAGGAAGAAACAGCGGAGGAGGCUGACAACAGAAGCCCAGGACUUGGUGAAAUAGGCCAAACUGGGGAGGAAGGAGUAGCAUUGGAGGAAUCCAUGACUGGCAGCCCAAGCAAUUUACAGGAUGGAUUAUCUGAGCCAAACAUGACAGCUGAUGCAGGAAGUCGACAACCAAACGGUGAUAGGCCGUUCCAGUGUAACCAGUGUGGCGUCUCAUUCACCCAGAAGGGAAACCUGCUGCGACACAUCAAGCUGCACACAGGCGAAAAACCCUUCAAAUGCCCCUUCUGCAGCUACGCCUGCCGGCGGCGCGAUGCCCUUAGUGGGCAUUUGCGCACUCAUGCUGUUGGCAAACCACACAAGUGUAACUACUGUGGGCGAAGCUACAAACAGCGCACUUCCCUGGAGGAACAUAAAGAGCGCUGCCAUAGUUACCUGCAGGGUAUCGGCUUGGAUCCCAACACCAGCACUGGCCCUUACACAGGUGAGGUCGCUAAAGAGCCGAGGCCCAUGGCAGAGCCCAACACCAUGGCUACCUUUGAUCGGCCACCUGUUAUUGAAAGGCUGCACAGCAACGUGGGCAAGAGGAAGAGCACCACGCCUCAGAAAUUUGUGGGUGAAAAGAUGGUACGCUACAGGUACCCUGAACUAGGCUAUGAGAUGGGCCUAAAGUAUGAGAAGCAACAUGAACUGAUGUCGGCCCACAUGAUGGAUCAGGCCAUCAGCAAUGCCAUAACAUACCUAGGAUCGGACACUCUUCAGCCCAUGCUGCACCAUCCAGGCCCUCCUAUCUCUAUGGCUGAAGGUGUGCCCAUGGUCACCCCCCUUUUCCACCAUGUCCUGCCAUUGGGCCAACGAACAGAGCGUCCAGGAAACUGUGACACGCUGCCACCACAGCCACCUCAGCCCCAUGACUUCCCCAGCCAUCCCACCACAAAUGGCCCCACUGCUUUAACUAGGCAGGGAAAACUGCGCCAGCCAGGGCAAGAAGAAUCUCCCAGCAACAGUGGAGUUGAUUCUGCUGACUCAGCUCGCAGCAGCCCUCACGAGAGGCAGGGCUACCACAGGAACAACCCCACUCCCGGCCUCAGGUCUCGAGCCAGUCCAGCGGUGGUUUAUUCAGGUGAGCGGGUGACAGAAGCAUCACCCAGAAGUGUGGCAGGAAUGAGGACUGGAAUAAUGCGAGUGGCUACAGAGAGGCCUGUGAACCAGGAAGGGGUGCGGGUGUUUGGACGAGAGGGCCAAGAGUUGCGAGCCUUCCAGUGCGAGCAUUGUCGGGUGCUCUUCCUGGACCAUGUCAUGUACACCAUCCACAUGGGUUGCCACGGAUACAGAGAACCAUUGGAGUGCAACAUCUGUGGUCACCGCAGCAAAGACCGCUAUGAGUUUUCCUCUCACAUAGUCCGUGGUGAACACACCUUCCAGUAAGAGGAUGGGUAGGAAUUAAGGGAAAGACAAAGAAGGGAAAGGAGCAAUAGCCUCAUAUUCGUUCUUAGACUGCACAGUUGAACGGCACUGUGGACAAGUGUAGCACAAGCAUAGCAUAGACUUCUUUUUAAGCUACUUAUUGUGAAUCUGAACAGUUGAACAAUCAAAUGAAGGUAUGGGACAAAAACACAUUUUCUACAUAUUUAAGAUUAUCAAGAUCAUAUAAGAUUCAUAUACAAGAAGGAUGGUAAGUUUUUUUUUUUUUCUCAAAAUGUUCAUGAUUUGUAUAACAGAGCAGCUAUCAGACGACAUUGACUAGUUUUCCAUUUUAGUCUUAUUUGGAAAUGUCUCUUAUUGUGCUUGUCUUGUCAUGCUUUUGCAUAUUUUCACUCUCAAGAAGUAAUGAAUGCAUAGAAAUGCAGUUCAACCAGAUAGAAUGAUGACAGAAGUAAAGACUUCAGGUAGUCUCUAAUUCAAUUAAAUAAUACUACCAUUCAUUAAUUCUUUCAUGGGCAUAAUAACAGUAUGGCAUUGAACUGGCCUACUUACUGUGGCAUAUCACACAGUAUCUGUGCAGUUUUCUUUUCUUCUCUUCUUUUCUUUUUUUAUGAUGUUGCCAUGGGCCGUACUGUAAUGUUUGUUUUUCCUAUGAACAAUGGUUCGGAUACACAUAAUGUUAUGGUCAACUGGUGCUGUGUGUUCUAGCUGCAAGCAACUUGGUGUCUAUUUGGACUUCAUUGCCGGUGGUGUGGUUGUCUGUGGUUGUAUCUAUCUGCAGCUGUAGAAAUUUGACCAGUCAUGCCAUCAUCUUCAGUAUUUAGUUCUGCUUUAGUAUUGCCGUGUAUAACUGCAUAAUUUAAAGGUGCCGUAGGUAGGAUUGCGAAGAUC